AUGGAAUCGCUCACGGAUCGCGCGUUCGCGUACGGGUUCGUCCCGCCGGUGGUGGAGGAAUACUUUUUCCGCGGUGGACACCGCAGGGCGCGGUGCGCGCCGCUCGACGCGGGAGUGACGGCGGAUGCGGACGGCGCGAACGCCGGCGAGGAGGCGCCGGAGGAGGACGCGGCGACGCGCGCGGCGAUUCGGAGGUUGAAUCGAGCGAUCAUGGCGAGUUGGCGAGACGAUGGCGACGGUGCUUACGAACCUGAUGUUAAGGAUGAGUGGACUCGGGUGAAAUACGAGUUCGGGGAAGCGUGUGAGGCGGAUGACGGUGGAGAGGAGGAGGAUCCCGAGAGCGAGACGGCGCGAGAGCGUCGGUGCGCAAACCGAUUGAUGGAUAUGGUGGAAAAGGAUGUGCACGCGUGCGUGCCGGCGCUGGAGAUGAUGCAAAGGAUGGAUCAAAAUAUAGAUGCGUUUGAGGCGUUCGUGGACGAUAUGGAGCGACGGUUCGCGCUCGGGACGUUACCUAAAAGAGACGUGCUCGGGGACAAGUAUUUGUUUCGAUGGCGCUUCUUCGUGCUGAGCGUCUUCGUCCUCUGCAUCGCAAUCGCGGUCGGUGUCGCGCGUUCGCUCGCUCGGUUGAUUUUCGGUUGA